GUUAGAGCGCAAACAGCUUUACUUUUACGCAUCACUCGUGUGUAUAUCAAUAGAAGUCACAGGACCAUGUUGGAUUUUAGUUUUGUAUAGAAAAUACCACGGUUGACUUAAGUGAACAAUAUCAUUCAAAAGUACACUCUAUUGUAAGUAAAUCCUCAGGGGCGUGUGAGUUUAGAACAGGUGGUCUUAGAAAAAUGUCCGUCAUGGGAACGCAUGGAUGGAGCUCAGUGCGUCUUGGUUUCGUCGUCUGUGGAUAUUUAGCGUUUUUCUGCGGUGAAUUCGUCCCACCGACUGAAGCGGGCUGCAGGGAGAGAGAAAGCCCGAAUUGCUGUACCGGGCGGAACAAUGAAUGUUUCGAGUACACUAAGAGAAAAACUGUCUGCUACUGUGAUACCUACUGUCAGAAAACCCGAGACUGCUGCGAGGACUACCAGCGCGUGUGCCAAAUAUCUGCAGCCAUUGACUGUGUGGUGGGAUCCUGGGGUCCGUGGUCGUCGUGCACAUCUCCGUGCGGAGUUGGAAGCACGGAGAGGAGUCGUCAAGUAUUUGUGCCCCCCAGGAAUGGAGGUACACCUUGUCCUGACCUCAAGCAGCGAAGGGGAUGUUAUGGAAACAACGCCAUAUGCAGCGCCGCUAAAGAGGUGGCCAAAAUUUUGCCUGACUCUUUCAAGAGGAAGUUCAAGGAUCCCUGGAGGCGACCACACAUGAUGAUGAAGGAAGAGAAAGAUAGUUACUGUGUGUACCUGAGGGUGAAACAGGCCAGUCCAGCGUGUAAACUCAAGCUGUGGAGCUCUCGGCUGGUGAGAGACAGGGUGAUCUGUGCAGAGUGCCAGAGUGACGCCAUGUCAAAGUCAGAUCGCUGCGGAGGUGAUGGCCUGGAGACCAUCAGAACAUUCUGGGCAGCAGCUUCGGUCCCGGGUUGUCAUGGCUCCUGGGUACGAGAGUUGUCCUCUGAGCGCUGCCGUUGUCCUCCAUACUCAGUCCUCUUUGUUUGAGCCGACAUCUGCCCUCGGACAUCCAAAUGCAAGGACGUCAUUUCCCUCAGAGCCUCUCGCUGACCGCGGAGAGCCCUACCAGCCCUGCCAGACCCGCCCCAUCCAGAGUACUGGAUGGGUAACUCAAGGAUAUCAGCUCCAUCCUGCCACUUUUCCCGCUCACCUCAUACUCUGUACUGUAUACCCACGUGUUAGCACACAGAAUUUCAUGCAUUUAACUUCUGAUUUUACAGCCACAAUCAUGUAUGCUUCUCCUCCAAGCACACCUGCGUGUGCAUUACUUUUUACCUCUGAAUCUUAGCUAUCUACCUCCAUCAAUGCAAGUGCAUCUGUUAAUGCAUAAUGUAUAAAAAUAUAAAUAUAUUAUUUUGAUUCAUACAUUUUCUACUUAUGACUGUUUACGUGUAAUGCAUGUGUCUACAUAGCUAUACAUUUUUGUAUCUAUCAUGAAACAGAGGUUGCUGCCCUUAAAUCGAGUUCCGAUCCAAAAAGUUGUAAAUCCUCAGAGGGUCGGAGAAGCUGAGAACUGGUUCAUCCAAGUUUGCAUCUUCUGCUCGAAAGCUUGAGUCAGUAUAUUUGUGCUCUACCGUUUUCUACCAGCAAAGAUGAAAAUCAGAUACUGAUUGCCAGGUGCUUGGAUUUGUGUCUUUGUUGCUCAUCAAACCUCCACUUUUAUAUAAGCUCCUGACUCUCACUUCCUAUUAGUAUUCGUAGUAUAAAGGCUCACGGCUGAGGUCACUCACAUGGACCUUGACCUAUUUGAAACUAAAGGAGCUAUAUUAGAAAAAGAAAAUAAUGGUGGUUCUCUCCGUGAUCUGUGUUUGAGACAGAAAAGAAAAGGUUUGAAGAGUGUUUUGCCUCACAGUCUGCCCUUCUCACAGGGGAGUUUCAUCAGCAGAGCAUCCUCCAGUAUAAAUACCACAUGCAGCCAAGUUCCUCGCGUAUUAUUAAUUACCAGAACUUCCUCCCAGUGCUCCCUACAGCUUCUUGCUUUCUUCUCUGACGUAGUGUUUUCUUUAAAAAAGAACAGCUGUGUCUUUUUGACUUAAAAACAAAAGUCAGCCAGCUGGCCCGCCUCUUCCCAGUCCUCUGUCACAGCUGGUUUCAGAGAGGAGGACAGGUGUGGCACCAGUCAAGUGAUUUCUCUGUUACUUUCUCUUACGUUUCCAUGUCUGUUUUUGUGCGUUUUAUUUAUUUCAAAACAAGUGCUGAUUUCAUUAAAACAACACAGAAUAUUCUGUAUAUUGUCCAUUAGUAAAAAAUAAACAACUCGACUGUCA